AUGGGGAGCAUGGGGAAUUCACUCUGUAGACCGCAAGGCAAGCCUUCGGUUGACAGGCUGACGACAAUCUCCAGGAGCAUCCAGGAGAACACGCAGAUCCUCACGGACAAGCUGCACACGCAAGGGCUCAAUGCUCCGUCCUAUGAGCCGCAUGGCCUUGCCGAUUUCCCCCUCAAGGAGUCUGACGAUGAGACAUUGAGGGCCAGACAGCAGAUUCUGUCUCUGACCAAGGAGCUUCGAGACUUGGUGCUGGGUCCGCGGGAGGCUUUGAAGCUGAUGGCCUUGGAUGUCGUCAAUUAUAUCCCUCUGCACGCCAUCUACACCUUCAAGAUUGCAGAAGCAGUACCUCGACAAGGAUCCAUUUCAUACGACAACCUCACCAGGGAAGUCCAUCGCGUCUCGGGCUUCAACAUUCCCGCCUCUGAGCUUCGCCGCCUCCUCCGGCUCGCCAUGGCCAACAAUCUCUUUUGCGAACCCGAGCUGGGCCAUGUCGCCCAUAAUCGCACCUCGCUCGUAAUGCUAGAGGACGAGACUCUGGCCAGCUGGGUUGGAUUGUACACGGUUGACCUGUUUCUUCCCGUCGGCAACACCGUCGCAGCUAUGCAAAAGUGGCCUGGUUCGCAGGACCUCACAGAGACGGCCGUCAAUAUCUCGUACGGCCACAACAACACCUUCUUCAACCACGUCCAGACAGACACAACACGGGCCAAGAGGUACGAUCUCGCCAUGCGAGCCCACGGCUCCCGUGAAGGCUUCGACGUGUCGCACACAGUCCAGAGCUACCCCUGGGCAAAGCUGGGCAACGCCACUGUCGUAGAUGUAAGAUCCGCCGCCGCCGCCGCCGCCAAGGCACCACUGCUGCCGCCGCCGCUGCUGCUGCUGCAGAGAUUUGUUGAGGUCAUGGGCGGUAACGAGGGCUACGUAUCCAUGGCCAUCGCCGAAUCUUUCCCCAACCUUCGCUUCGAAGUCCAGGACCUCCCUGGCAUGCGGACCGAAGCAACAAUCGGCAAAGUCCCGCCCCAUCUGGUCGACCGCGUGAAGCUCACCACGCACGAUUUCUUCAACGACCAGCCCACCGUCGCGGGCGCCUACUUGUUUCGUCACAUCUUCCACGCGUUCCCAGACAGAGACGUCGUGCGGGCUCUGAGGGCCCUGAUUCCCGCAAUGAGGCACGGGUCGCGCGUUAUCUUGAACGACGUGGUUUUGCCCGCCCCUGGGGCCGUGUCCUUGACCGAGGAGAAGACGUUUCGACUGCUCGAUGUGCUGAUGAAGACGGUUUGUAACGGCCGGGAGAGGGAAAUCUGCGACUGGAAGCUCCUGUUCGAGGAGGCUGAUACGAGGUUCGUCUGGCAAGGAGCCUGGAAGUCGAGCGGAAAUCUGUGGUUUGUGGAGGCUCAGUGGCACGACAAGACCGAGGUGAAUGGAGACAACGCUCGCCCCCUCCCCUCGGUCCCUGCUCAGGGCAAGAUGUGGACGGCGUCGGCCAAAUAA